AUGGACAACAUCGAUGAGGAAUAUGACCGGCUUGUUGAACACCUUCACGACUGCGCGAAGAAGGCUGAGAGUUUUCAAACCACCAAGAGACGCCUGUCUCUUGAAACUCUUGAGCUGAUACGCCAGUGUGGAGCAGCACGAGCCGCAGGGAACCAAAAACUCACGUCCGAGCUCGCAAGGCUUUGCAGAGAGGCGAUAAAGGAAGACCUUAAAGAGAAAAGAGCAGAAGUGCUGGCUGAAGCUGCAGAUGAGGGGAAAAGCAUCCGCUAUGCCCGUCGAGAAUCGCCAGUCGCAAGUCGAGGAUGA